UGCCUGCCAGUUCUCUCUCGGCUGUCGCGCGGUAACGUUGUGUAGUUUUCGUCUCGGUCUCGCGUCACUUUCGUGAAGUUUUUUUUCCUUUUGUAUCAUCGUUCUUUUGGAGGCCACCGAUCUACGAUGAAUUUCUAUUUAUUACUUUGUGAAUCGCGAGUGAUCGAGUGAUAGAAAAAUAUCGUGUGAGAAAAGUAAGAAAAGAAGGAAGAAAGAAAAAGGAGAUAGAGAAAGAUAGAGAUAGAGAGAGAGAACGAGAGAGAGAGAGAGAGAGAGAAGCGAGCGAGCGAGUACAUAGAGACAUACACGUACACGCAUAUACAUAGACGCAGAAGAAGAGCGUCGUGGCAGCUUCCGCAUCGCGAAGGAGAACUCGGGACCCACAUCGGCUAGUAUUCUUUGCCAACCCAUCUCACGAAGCUUCUUUAACGUUCUCCGUCCUUCGAGCUUUACCAUCGAUUCAUUGUUUUCGUCCGCCGUUGGAUCUUCGCACGUUCUUUUUCGAAGAGCGUUUCUAAGAGAAAAGAAUUUCAAAGAAACAAACAAACAAAAAAGAAACGAACGAACAUCGAAGGAAGAUCAACGAGAAGAAGGGGAUGAUCGUGAGCAAUGGAUCAAAGGGUGGAUCAUCUAUUGUCAUCAUGGAAACUCGCAGGAUCCUAGUGAGAAAAAUCGAUGAAGAGUAGUAUAAUAAAUAAUACUACAUAACACGUGUAAUCCUUUCUUCGUUGUAGUGUCGGAAAAGUUUCGUUCUUUAUCAUAUUUCAAAUCUAAAUUUGUCGCGUGGAAUUGAUCGAUCGUUGUUGUGCGUAAAAAAAUUUCGUUGACGCGUAAAACCGUGACGACGAGAACGACAACAACGAACGUACGUGCGUGCGUACGUACGUUUGUUGGAGGAAAAGUGUGAUAAAGAAAAUAGAAAAAGAAAAACAAAACGAAAAAAAAAACAAACAAACAAACAAAUAGAGAAAGAGGAGAGAAAAUAAAGGAAAGAUUAGUAAAAGUGAAAAUACAUAUGCGUUUUACGUAGAUGUCGUCGUCAACUCAUGUUAAAUAACGUGACCAUCAAGCGAUUUUCGUGGAUAACUACUUAAGAGGAGUGUGUCAUAUGGCCCUGGAAUAUGGUAUUACUACCUACAAUAUGCACCACACGAAUCAAUUAGAAGACGUGGGCUAUAGGAGUAUCGAGAUCACGUCGGCUUUCACGCAUCUACCUCAAAAGGAGAUGGCCAGGGACACCCCGGGCUCGCCUAUGUCACGCCCGCGGGAUUUGGGUAGCGGAGGAGGCGGUGGCGGUGGUGGCGGUGGCGGAGGAGGCGGUGGUGGCGGCGGAGGAGGGGGAGGAGGGGGCGGGGGUGGAGGUGCUGCAACGGCCACCUUAACUUCCGGCGCCUAUCAUGCUGCAGUUGCUACCACCGAUCCAACGACCCUGCAUGGCCACGCUUUGCAACAGAAAAUACUCGAGCUACAGCAGCACCAUCAGCUACAGCAACAAAUCCUGCGGCAGCAGUAUCAAGCACAGGAACGGCAAUUGGCCGAGAUGCACGAACAACAAAUGCAUCAGCUCAAGCUUUGGGAAAAGCAGAAACAAUUGGAGGAGCAAUUGAGAGAAAAGGAACGAUUAGAGGCACUCAGGAAGAAGGACAAGCAUGACCAUAGCGCCAUCGCUUCGACGGAGGUCAAGCAACGUCUUCAGAGUUUCCUGGUGAAUAAAAAGCAAAGGGAGGCCGCUGCUGCGGCGAACGGGGCCGUCCCUGGUACGCCUGGAUAUAGAAGCUGGUUGCAGCCACAGUCCGAAACAACGAGCAACACAAAUUCCUCGCAUCCUUAUCGUAUGCCACAGAUGUUGCAGGAGAAGUUCGGCGAUGAUUUCCCACUGAGAAAGACAGCAUCGGAGCCGAACCUGAAGGUGCGACUAAAACAGCGCGUGGAGAGGAAUAUGGCGGCCUUGCGGCACUCGCCCCUGAUGGCACGAAGGAAGGAUCGUCUUCUGUCGCACCUCAAGCGGAAGUCGCUACUAGCAAAUGCUGGUAGCAAUCCAGAAUCGGGGCCUAACUCACCACCGACUGUUAAUAAUUCUCAGGCGAGUCCCACCGCAGGAAGCAAUACAGCGAUACAAGAAGAAAGCGAAAGUACGAGUUAUGGUGGUCCGCUGACGAGUAGUAGUCAACAGGGAAGUCUCUCGGAUCUUUCGUUAUUUAGUUCACCGUCCAUGCCCAACAUCUCUUUGGGAAGACCUCAAAUUCCAUCCAGCUCGGCUCAGAGCGGAUCGAAAUUAGCACCAGUCUCUGAAGCUGAAGUUCGUGCUGCAUUCACGGCUCGUCUUGGUAUGCCAUUGACCGGUCAGAUGUUACCAGGCACUUUACCGUUCUAUCCAUCGCUAACGGUCAUCGAUGGAGAUCCUACGUACAUUCACAAACAAAUGCAAAAUUUGGAACAAGUGUCAGUAGGCAGCAGACAACAUCCGGUAUAUCAUACCGCACCGAUUACGGAUACACAAGUAGCACAUACAAGACUGCAGAAGGCUAGUCACCGGCCUUUAGGUAGUAGAACUCAAUCCGCGCCAUUACCUCUUGGUCAUCCGAUGUUGCAAAGUGGGAUGAUGGCACCACCUGCGCAUUACGAGGAAUAUCUGAUCGAGAAACAACACCAUGAUCAACAACAAGCGCACAAUUAUUUGAAACAACAAAUUCGUCAGACCGUCUUAACGCGAGUUAGUUCUCGAGGACAGACCAAUCAGUUGGACGAAGCGCCAGAAAGCGAGGAGUCCGAGGUGAUAGACCUUACGGGGAAAAAGGAUUUAUCGGAGGAAAGCGAGAUUUCGAAACAACAGAGGGAUCGUGAACAGUUUUUGCAACAGCAGAGAGAUCUGAUGAUGAGACACACAUUACAGACGAACGAGUCGACGGCCUAUUCCGGCGGAAGGAGUUCGCAAUCCGCCAGACCACUCUCAAGAGCGCUCUCUAGUCCGUUGGUACAUUUAGGACCUCAGGGUGGCGGUGGUGAUAUGUUUGCUCGGGGCUCACCUCAUCGAGCUAACACGGGAUUGGCAUACGAUCAAUUGAUGCUGAAACACGCCUGUGUUUGUGGUGAAACUGUAAGGGGCCAUCCCGAACACGGUGGUAGAUUACAGAGUGUCUGGGCUAGGCUAUCGGAGACAGGAUUGUCUCAACGUUGCAGUCGAGUUCGUUCUCGUCAGGCCACGCUUGAAGAAAUUCAAACGUGUCAUAGCGAGGCUCACACGCUUCUAUUCGGAACGAAUCCUUUGAAUCGUCAAAAGUUAGAUAUGUCAAAGCUUCCACAAUUGCCGAUCAUUGAGUUGCCUUGCGGAGGAGUAGGCGUUGAUUCCGAUACAACGUGGAACGAGUUAAACACGGCACCUGCCGCUCGAAUGGCCGUAGGUUGCGUCGUUGAUCUCGCUUUGAAAGCAGCGAUGGGUGACAUCAAGAAUGGCUUUGCAGUCGUUAGACCUCCGGGGCAUCAUGCGGAGAGCAAUCAAGCGAUGGGCUUCUGUUUCUUCAAUUCCGUGGCGAUCGCUGCUCGUCUGUUGCAACAAAAACUUGACAUCAGAAAAAUAUUGAUCCUUGAUUGGGAUGUUCAUCAUGGAAAUGGAACGCAACAUAUGUUCUACGACGAUCCUAGAGUACUUUACCUCUCCAUACACCGACACGACGAGGGUAACUUUUUCCCAGGUACGGGUGGACCAACAGAAUGUGGUACAGGCGAGGGUUUAGGAUAUAACGUGAACGUUGCAUGGUCUGGUGGAUUAAAUCCACCAAUGGGAGACGCCGAAUAUUUGGCAGCCUUUCGAACGAUCGUGAUGCCGAUCGCCAAGGUUUUCGAUCCUGAAAUCGUUCUAGUUUCUGCGGGUUUUGAUGCUGCUGUUGGUCAUCCAGCACCUCUUGGUGGCUACAAGGUCAGCCCUGCGUGUUUCGGUAGGAUGACACAGCAGUUGCUAACUCUCGCAGGUGGUAAGGUCGUUCUAGCUUUGGAAGGUGGCUAUGACUUGGCAGCGAUCUGCGAUUCCGCUCAGGAGUGCGUGAGAGCUUUGCUAGGUGAUGAACCAACUCCAAUUCGAGAGGAUGAACUCACGCGGGCUCCUUGCCAAAAUGCCAUUGAUACAUUACAAAAGACUAUCGCCAUUCAGAUGUCUCAUUGGCAAUGCGUUAAACUCUUCGCUCAUACCGUCGGUAUGAGCGCAAUUGAGGCAAGCCAGAAGGAACACGACGAAACGGAAACAGUAUCUGCGAUGGCUUCGCUUUCCAUGCAACAGCCAACGAAUCUUACAACUACGCCGGAUCAUUCCCGAGAAGUCUCUGAGGAACCGAUGGAGCAAGAUGAGGCAAAAUGAAGCGUAUUCGUUUAGAUGUUAGCGAUCAUCGAUCAUGUUGAAAACGAAUUGAGAAACGUCGUGACCGGAGCUAGGAACCGAAAGCAUGGAAACGAGAAUGUCUCGUUUUCUCAAAGAUACAUGUAGAUCAUGGAUUCGGUAUGUUACAUUUGGAAAGAUAAUCCAUGAAGAGUCUACGUUGAUGAGAUCAUCGACGUGUCUUUUGUAAGUCGUCGAUGACCCUUUGCUGGCGUUUUUUGAAAGACAACAAACCAUUGGAAAAAAUGUGAAAUUUUUGUCGAGUUAAUAUCGUUCAUGAACGAGUUGUGUAAUGCGAGUACUAUCCGUGUAAGAUUACUACGAGCGGAAGAGCCGUUAUUUGUCGCUUCUUAUUGGGUAAUCUAACUUUGUUUUUUUUUCUCUCUCUCUGACAUUUUUCCUUUUCUUUUCUUUUUUUGUUUCAUUUUUCUUUUCUCAUUCUUUUUAUUUAAUUGUCCAUCACAGAGUAUACGAUCCAUUUUCGUUGUAAAAAGUUGUAACUGUAUAGACACAGUUUUUUCAAAGGAAAAGGUUAAUGUACGGAAGAAAUGGUUGACGGUCCUCCGUUCACAUUGGAAGUCUGUUAUUGAGAACUUCUUACCAGUGUCUUACUAAUCAACAACGAAGGAUCCCGAGGUUUGAGAUAAGGAAGAAAUGAAUUGUCAACAGGCACAAACAUAAUUCUUUUAUCAACGAUAAUAUUAUAUAGAAUUAAUAAAAAAGAAUUGACUCUUAAAGACAAUUAAUUAUUUCGUGCUGAAUAUUUAAUGCAUCGAAACAACUUACUUCUUCUUUGUCUCUUCUUUUUUAUUUUUAUUUCUUUUCCAAUCCAAUUGCAAUUCUAUUAAAGAAUUGUGUUAUGUGUCGUUGACAGUGUUUGGAGCGUGCUUAUUAAGGAAAAAAGGUAUACAUAUAUAUUUCCGAUACAACGUUAUAUAUAUAUGUAUGUAUAUAUAUAUAUGUAUAUAUAUAUAUAUACACAUAUACAUAUACAUAUACAUACGUACACAUAAAAUACAAUCUUAUGCUUAUCGUACUUGCUUUUCAUAUACGUUAUGAAAUCGUAUUCUACAUCUUAUACGUACAUAAAAUUUAAAGUAAGCGAGAGCGAGAGGGAAAGAGAGAGGGAGAGAAGGAGAGAAGGAGAGAGGGUGAGAGAGAGAGAGAGAGAGGGAGGCUUGGAAACAGGGAGAGGGAAAGAAGAAUGCAUAUAAGACUUCGCGAGCAGAUUAAAGAAUUGUCACAUUUCUACAGUGAAUUGUACAAUUAGGUCACAAUUAAUCUAUUGUUGGAUCUACUCUGUAUAUCAAAGAAAAUUUUGCCAUUAUUGGUGUAAAUAAUUUUGUUUUGUAUAUAACGAUAUUUCAUUGUUACAUUUAAUGUAUUUCGUAUUAACCCUUUGAUUGCAGCACAUUUUAACUGGAAAUUAUCUGCUGUGUGCUAUACAAUGACAUUUACAUAACGUGAUGCAAGUUGAAGAAUACAUUAUAGCCAUCAUUAUACCUUAAUCAUUCAUUAUUACUUAAUCGGUUGACACGCAACAUGUAAACUAUAUUCGUAUUCAAUUUUAUUAUCAAUUUAAGCAAACAAUGGAUGUUUUGUUUCCUACAAAAUUUAUUGGACAUACACUUGCGCCUUUCAUCAGUAAUCAACAACUUUUUGAAAACGUAUAUAUACGUCUUUUACAAUAAAAGGGAUUAAAGUAAGGUAAGAACAACGAAUCGUACGAUAAAUUUAAUUGAUCGUUGUACGAAUUUUUGAAGUUCUUAAUUAUAUAAUUCGUCUCAGGUUGCGUUAUAUAUAUAUAUAUGUCAUCGUUGUUUCUUAGCUCUCACUUUUAUCUUGCACGCGAAGUCUUUCACGCCAUUGGCUGGCUAGAUUGCAUUGAUAUAUCAGGAUUUGAUAAGUGUAUUAAAAAGACAGUAGAGUUAAAGAUACAUUGUUCGUCUUCUGCCAAAAGGAAACAAGAAAAAAGAAAGGAGAAAAAAAGAAAAGAAAAUGCAAAAAAAAAAUAAUAAAAAUAAAAAUAUGGCAAAGAUACUACGUGCGUUGUGCUGGUCACUGGCGCUUUGUUUUCACCUACAUACAUAUAUGAUUUUAAUCUGUUAGAAAACAUUCUUAUUGUCGAAGAAAAAGCUGUCAUGGCACAGCCGGAAGUCCUCGUGAACGGUAGUGUAUCAUAAACAUAUGAAACACUAUAAAAGAUUUUUGUAUUAUUUAUGUAACACAACGGGCAAUUAAGAAUGAUAGUUAAUAAUCCUCUAUAAAUUAAUGUUACUUCGAGGUGAAACACUGUAUUUGUUAAAUGUUAUUGUUAUCUUUUUGUCACAAGUCACAAUCAAUGUUAAGUUCAUAUUGUAAAAGUUAAUAUUUCUUUAGUUUAAGUUUAGUAUAAUAUGUUUUAAGUUUCACGUUAGAUAAUUUUUUGUUUGACAACAAACAAAAAUUGAGUUAUAGAGGAUUAAUAAAGAAGUGCAUUUUUAGCGUGCUCGUUGGUAUAAGAUAUCUUCGUGUUUAUAUUUGAAAACAAUUAUGAUGAAGGUAGACGAGAACUUCGUUGAUGAAUUUUAUAAAAGUUCUUUCUUCUUUCAAAAUCAUAUACAUUUUGCACAGUUUGUGUAUUUAUACCCAUUACCAAUGUACGUUCGCGAAGGCUAUUAUUAUACGCUCAAACGUUUUUAACAAUUUCUGAUCAUCCGACAUCUCUCUUAUCGUUGGAAUGAUUAAAUUUUUCGCUUUAAGAUAAUAUUUGUAACGCGGUAGAAAUGACAACGGUAUUAUUAAUAAUUAUACAUGUGCGUGCUCGAUUAUAUCCCUUGGACGGUAUUACAAAACAAAUUCCGUGAGAUAUGAGAAUUUCUUGAGAUAUAAUUAAAAAAUUAAGUAACACUUUAUUGGAUAUAACGACACACGUUGCGCGUAUUUGUGUUAACGUUUCAUGUGUUUUAUUAUUACCGUGUAAAAAUCGUCAUAGGAGACACUGCCAAAUUGAACCAUGGCAUAAUGUAAAACGUGUAACGAGUUUUCGUUUAUAUUUUUCGAGCAUGCAAAGAUGCACCGAUGUAUUAACUAUCCCGUAAUCCGUUGCAAUUUUAAUGACGUUAGAUAUUUAAAAAAAAAAAUAUUAUAUAUGUAUCAGAUUGUCCUUUGUAUUUUGUCUGUUGAAAAAACCUUUCACGAUGAUUUCAUUUCUUACUACGGACAAAGGCUGGUGUGAUUUUUGUGAUAUUUUGUAAAAAGGUUUAUUAACGUAUGGUUAAUGAAGGAUGUAACGUUGUCGAGGAAUGCGGGAGAGUUAGAGAGAAUGUUAGAAAGAAGAAUGUGUGAGAGUUAGUGAGAGCUAGUAGUGAGAGAGAAAAUGGCAGAGAGACAAGGAGGAUAGGAGAAAAAUAUACUUCAGAUACAAGCAUUUAUUUUUGUGUCAUGCAUUUUACGAAAGCAGAGAUGAAUUUAAGAACAUUUAUUGAUAUAAUAAAAAGAACGAAUUAGAAGAAUAUAUUGUAUAUGUAAAGUGUUUGGCAUACAAACGAAAUAAAAAAAAUAUAUAUAUAUAUUAUAUAUGAAAUAUAUAUAUAUAUAUAUAUAAUAUAUAUAUGUACAUUAUAUAGCUGUAUAUCUCACGAUGAACAAAAAAAUGGAUAUAUCGUUUAUCGCAAGAAUCUCAAGUGUUUGUUAAAUGUUGUCCCUAGAUAUUUACACAAAUGAAAGAGAACAAGAGCAAUGUUGAAUUAUUGAAAAAUUCAUUUGCAGUGUAUUUUCAAUACGAGCCCAGCCUAUGUGUGUGUAUACAUCAAUUUACGAUAACAAUCUAACCAAUGAAAACAUCUAAUAAUUUUUGUAAGAAAAUCGGUUUUAAGUGUAUAUCAUUCGAACGGAUGAUAAAUUGAUUUUAUUGUAACAUUAUGGUAAAUAAUCUUAUAUAGACAAGUGUAUUUAACUAUCUAUAAUUUAAGAACGAGUCGAAUGAGCGACUUGUUGUGAUUGUUAAAGCAAUCAUAGCGGCGAUGCAGGUGCGAAACUCGAACUUUUUGUACAAUACAAAUUAAUAGCGACGGGAAAUUAAGUUUUCGUCGUAGGCCUACAGAAUAUGUACUUCACUUAUGGCCGGUGUUAAUGAUGCAAAGAUGUCCUGCGUCCUUUUUUUUUCUUUUUCUUUUUUGUUUCUCUGUUCUUUUGGUUGAUCUUAUAUCGACACAUUUUUAAUCUAUUAUUUGAUAAAUUAUUCAUUACGAUCAUUCAAAAUUCUGUGAAAGUUUUUGUUCGAUAGGGGAAGAAACCGAUAACAUUCCUGUAUCAUUUAUAACGGAGCGAUACAAAUUAGAUAUAAGUGAUAUUACGCUACAUUAAAUGCAGAAUAUAACAUGAAGAUAACCGUUAUAAGAAAAUAUUGUUACAUGGAUGCGAAUAUGAUGUCUUUAAAGCAUAAGUUUAAUGCAAUAGCUAUACAUUUUUUAUGUAUAUAAAUGUACUUCGUAAUAUAAUUUUAAAUAAAAAGUAUAGUCAUUGUGUUA